AUGGCGCCUUCUUCUUCCAGACAACCCCAGAACGUGGGCCAGAUCAUCGAGUACAUCCCAGACCGCCUCUACCUCGCCGCCUAUGUGCACGUGCCCACGGCCGAUACACCUUUUCCGUACCCUGAGGCACCUGCAGUAUCGCCCCGAAAGCGUGCAGCCGCUGCUGCGGCAGCCCAACAGGCCUCCCACUCGCGAAAGCAGCCGUGCUACUUCUCAGUCGAUGACAUCCUUCUGUACAACGCGUUCCAUCACGACUUUGGGCCGCUGCACAUUGGUCACCUGUACCGUUUCGCCAUCCAGUUCCACGAUAUCCUAGCGGCCAAGGAGAAUAAGGACCGACCCAUCGUAUUUUGGAGUCACGCGGACCCGAGGAGCCGUGCCAAUGCUGCCUGUAUGCUUGCUUGCUACAUGGUCCUCAUCCAGAAUUGGCCCCCUCACCUGGCUCUCGCCCCCAUCGCCCAAGUUGACCCUCCGCUGAUGCCCUUCCGAGACGCUGGCUACAGUCAGGCUGACUACGGUAUCACCGUGCAAGAUGUGGUCUAUGGCGUGUGGAAGGCGAAAGAGGAGAAGUGCUGCGACCUGGACAACUUUGACCUCGACAUGUAUGAGAAGUUUGAGCGCGUGGAACACGGCGACUUCAACUGGAUCACACCGCACUUCCUGGCCUUUGCCUCGCCCCAGCACACACCUGUCGCUAAAAUCACAGAGGGCUCCGAGCUCUAUGACUCGCUCCCGAGGACACUGGACGCUGUGCGCGCCCAUCCCACUCUGCCUCAACCCUUCAAGAAUGUGCUAGAGCACUUCUCCGAGAAGAACAUUGGUCUCGUUGUUCGCCUCAACUCGCAUCUCUACUCUCCUUCUUACUUUGAGGCCCUCGGUAUCCAACACAUCGACAUGAUCUUCGAUGAUGGCACCUGUCCUACUCUGCCUUCAGUGCGCAAGUUCAUCCGCAUGGCUCACGAGAUGAUCACAGUCAAGAAGAAGGGCAUUGCCGUGCACUGCAAAGCUGGUCUUGGGCGCACUGGGUGCCUCAUUGGUGCCUACCUGAUAUACCGUCAUGGAUUCACCGCCGACGAGAUUAUCUCGUUCAUGCGCUUCAUGAGGCCGGGCAUGGUAGUUGGUCCCCAGCAGCAUUGGCUGCACCUCAACCAAGGCACCUUCCGUGAGUGGUGGGUCGAGGAGAGGGUCGAGCGGAGGCUCAGAAAGGAGAUGGCUGCUGCCAAUGUACCCAGCACGCCUGUUCGCGUCAUGCAACGGUCGUCGCGCCACAACCACGCAUCCACCCCACCGAACCGAAGUCCGUCCAGCCGCACUCCCCUCAGCGAGGUAGACCACGACCGCGCCAAUGUUGGUGCUCCCCAGGAAGAUUAUCUGCCUGCUCCUACACCUGGACAGCCCCGAAAGACGUCUCGUGGCGAACGUCACCACCCUUACCAGCGGUCUGACGCUGCUCACGCUACGGCCGAGGAGACCACUGUGGAGACUGAGAUUGUGUCUAUGAAGCGCCAUUCGCAAGAUGGCGAGAAGGACGAGGAGUGGCAUCUCCGCAUGAGGCGCAAGGAGUCGCGUACUCCUGCGCGCAGUGACAAGGUUCGAUCCGUCAGCCAGACCGCAUCGGUGUACUUGGUCGACAACGAUGCAUCGCAGGAUGCCGAGAAUAUCGGGGCAGGCCGAUCGAAGAUUGCGGACCGCGUUGCCAGCACGCCGAGCGUCAUGACCAAGGUCAGAGGUAGCAAACGACAGGCUGAAUCGCCGCUCCGGACGAAGGAUUCUGGUGUCCGCAAAACGAGUGGUCGCGUGGGCAGCAACAGCACCUGCAUGUCGGCCACUGCCUCCUCUACUGCGCGCAAGGUCUCUUCGUCGUAG